CUUGAUUCAAUUAGGCUCGUUUGCGGCCUUAUCCUACAUGGCCAAGACUAGCGUCUGCCUCGGACUGAAAAAGGCAAAAUGAAAAAGGAAAGUGCAUGCUUGUCUUAUUUUUUCAGAUAAGACCAAUGAAGAUACCGGUCGUUCUAAGUUACAUUCUUCUAAUUAUGACAAUGGCGGACAGAGCUCUGUGCAUUCGAUUAGUGAAUCGGGCGUCGGAGAUCGCGGUGGAUCAACCCAACUGUCCUUUGAAAACAGCAGUGUUCGCUCUUGGCAGCUUCUGGAGAUCCGAAGCCGCCUUCGGAUGCAUGGAGGGAGUCGUACGGACCACCGCCGGUUAUGCCGGAGGAUCCAAGAACAAUCCUGAGUACAGAAGCUUAGGAGAUCAUGCCGAGUCCGUUCAGAUUGAAUAUGAUCCUAAUAGGAUUAGCUUCAGGCAGCUUUUAGAGGUCUUCUGGUCAAGUCAUGACCCUACACAAGUAUUUGGACAAGGCCCAGAUGUGGGUAACCAAUACAGGUCUAUUUUAUUUACCAAUGGAACUGAAGAAUCCAGAUUAGCUGCUGUCAGUAAAGAAAGGGAACAAACUAGGUCAAAAAGAAGCAUUGUAACUACCCAAAUUCAACCACUUGGAACAUUUUAUCCUGCAGAACCUGAACACCAGAAAUUUGAGCUCAAAAGAAAUCCAUUUCUUCUUCAGCUGAUUGGAAACUUGCCACAAGAGGAAUUGGAGAAGUCAACUUUGGCUGCAAGACUAAAUGGAUAUGCAGCGGAGCUUUGUACACCAAAGAUCCAAAGGCAGAUUGAUGCAAAGAUCAAUGACAUUGUUGGAAAAGGUUGGCCCAUUUUGAGGGAAGUGUAGUUUGACAUUGAAGCAUAUUUUGCAUCAAUCUGCUUCACUUCUCAGGCACCUACAUUACGUAUCCAUGACUUUUUGAUUGUUUACUAUGAGUUGCUGAGCAGAACUAGCAGUGGAAGAGAUGUUGUUUAAGGUCUAUUCAUUAGAGCAGAGCCAUUGCUGUAUCAGUUUCUCUACAUUUUUGGGAAAAGAGGUGUGGGGGAGGGCGAGGGUUGGGUUUGCAGGUUCAACACUUUCAAAUUACCUUCAGUUUGUGCUUGUUAAUUUUUUUGUUCAUGCGUUAUGUAAGUUAAAUUUCUUGUGAAAUAUAUCUGCUUAUUGUUUGUCAUUCUAUGUUUGAAGUUGAAGGCUAGUGCUUAUUGGCAGUCA